CCUUCGCCCUAUCGAAAUCGCUGCUGCUUGUCUCUUCCACCGAAGCUUCAGUCUGCACUCUCGGUUGCAGCAUCGUGCCCAAGUUCGCUCUCGCAUCACAUGCCCUAAUCCCCUAACCUCGCCGCUGCACCUUGGUCACUGAACCUCGUAGCUGACGCUCGGCUUGCUCCUCUGCCGUUAACUCAUCCCGCACGGUUGUUCUCUCCUCCUCCAUCCUUAACCCAUCUCCUUCAACGACUCACCGUUCUCUCCUCCUUCGAUGUGAACUCAUCAUCUAUUCAUCUCCAUUGUUGUUCGCUUGGCCUACUCCUCUUCGUGCCCUCCGUGUUCCUUAUUCAUCACCAGUCCCGUCCUUUCUAAACGCUAGAUCGUUGCUCUCUGUCUUCAUUGCUGCAUGUGUUCCUCCAUUGUUGCUAGGAGAAGAGAGUGCCAGCUGGUCUUGUUAAUGUAAAACACAAAGAGGAGGGGAAGGAGGUGAGACCACUAAAGAGGUGGAGAAGAAAGAGGAAGAAUGCAGUUUUGUCGAGCCACAAAGAAGAACAAGUGAAUUCACUAAGUAUUAGGAGAUGUUUAUAGCUGUCAGAGCAACCCCCUUCACGUUUUGAUAGCAGGAGUGAGGGGAAAUUUUGCGUCUAUAUUGGUUUCUCAAGUAACAAGAGACCCAACAAGAAAAUCUGCAGCCUUUGGCCUCACACCUCUUGGUCUUUAGGCAUUGGCAAUGGAAGUGAUGGUGAACAAAUUUCAGGCAAAAUAUAAAAAAGCUAGGGAAGAAAUAAGUCGAUGGGAUGAGCUCCAAUCUCAUUUAGUUUCACAGUUUAGGAAUGCUUCUUCUAUCAUUGAUAGGUUGCAGGUGCUUCAAAAUUCCAAGAACUAUGCUAAUUUAAUCUUUAUUGGUGGUAUUCAAGAUGCUCUUUUGUCCAAACAGAUGGGAUCCUUGGAAAACAUUAUGGUUUCUAUGAGAAGUACUGUGGAAGAAUUUCAUAAAAUUGUUUUAUCUCUUGAGAGAAUUCACCGUGAUGGUAGACAACUAGUGAAAGGUGGCUCUUCAUGUCCAACUAUGAAACAGCUGCAGCAGCGACUUGGCAUUAAACCUAGCCUUACUGAUUGCUUGGAUGGCCUGUUGUUUCUUCAUGACAUACACGACUCAGACAGGUAUCAAUUGAAGACAUCAAUAAUCUUGGCAGUAUCAGCUGGUGCCUUGAAGCUCAGUGGCAAUGAUCUCAGUGAACUACUACAACUCUUGAUUGAUCAACCCAACAUCCCUAGUGAGGAAGUUCAAUUCGUCUUUGACGUCAUAUGUGCUGAAGAAUGUUAAUACUGUUCUAUUGCUGCUAUUGACGUUGUGUAUAAGAUGAGAUAUUCUAGUAUCCAUUGUUUUUUAAUAAUAACUAUUUAUUUAUUUUAUUAUAUUUUGUUUA